CUGUGUGUUGUAAGGAAGUGGCCCAGCCAGCACAUCACACAGGCAGCCUCGGUGUUAGUUAACACUUCACUGUCAGGACAGGAGGGUAAAGACAAGAGAAGACCAAAGGGCUGAGAUUUGACAUUAACCUUUAAAAUAAGAAAAUGUUACAAAGGGCGAACUCCAAUGUGUCAGACAAGGCAAAGAGCAGCAAGCCGAAGCGCUCCACCAGCUUCGGCAGAUUUGAUGUUCUCAAACAAUCCUCUCCACAAGUCAAACCAGAAGACAAUGGAACAACUGUGAUCCCAGAAGAACGUGAGACUUUGGAUCCAAACAAAUCAGCUGGACUUGGGAAGAAGAUGAAAGCAAUUUCACUGACCAUGCGCAGAAAAAUGGGCAAAAAGCACGCCAAGUCAUUUUCUGAGGAGACAGGUGAUGACACAGACAAAGACCCAGAGGCAGAGACAGAGAGUGUCCCUCCAGCUGAGAUCAACUCUGCAAAGACGAGCAACUCCUUAGAGAGUCUUUACAGUGGCCAGAGCAUCUCCAGUGCAGGUGGUGUGACCAGUGAGUCCAACUGUUCUGGUCAGAGAGACAGUCUGAGGCUGGAGGAAGACGGAUCCUAUCAGGGACAGUUCUGUGGCAGAGCUCGUGUCCACACAGACUUCGUUCCCAGCCCGUAUGACACAGACUCCCUAAAACUCAAGCACGGUGACAUCAUCAACAUCAUCAGCAAGCCUCCGAUGGGCAUCUGGACAGGCAUGCUGAACAACAAAGUGGGCAACUUCAAGUUCAUCUACGUAGACGUAUUGGUGGACAAAGAAGAAGAAGAGGAAGUUCCCAAGAUCAGACAGCAGAAGCUGUGCAAAAGACCUCGGCCUAAAACAUUGCUGGAGUUACUGGAGCGACUGAAUCUCGAGGAGUACGCCUCUGCCUUGUUGCUAAAUGGCUACCAGACAGUGGAGGACCUCUUGCACCUGCAGGAGAAACACCUGAUAGAGCUGAACGUCAACGACCCCGAGCACAGACUCAAACUCGCUAGUCAAUCAAAUUGUCGCAAGACUCGUGAUGAUGUCAAUGAUGUGGAGGAGCAGAGAUCCUCCCACAGACAACAGGAAGAAGACAGCGACUGUCCCAGAGACUCGGGCUGCUUUAUUCCAUCUGAAUGUUCAGACACCAAGGAUGACGCAGAGCAGCUCAAAAACGCUGUGGACUCUUAAUGGGAUUACUUGUCAGACGGAAACUUAGAAUUGGAAUUUAGUGUUGGGUAUUUUCUUAAGACUGAUGGUUUCAACAAUUAUCUCAAGAUGUCAUGUUAAUAUCCCGUAUUACAACAAGCUGGCCACAAGCUGAAGUAGAAGCUUUUCAAAAGGGUGAUAGGAAGAACAAACAACCAAUAUUCUGAAUAUCCAUCUGUCGCUUUAUCAAGAUAAUAACCAAGUUGUACAUUUUAGGAGGUUUUUUCUUUUUGUGUUGUAGAAAAAGUGACAUCAAAUUUUUUAAAUGUCACUUGUAUUUAUUGCAUUUUAAAUCAUGUGUUUUCAAUAUAAAGCCUUUAUUUAUCACUACUGCAUCACUUUGACCUUUCUCAUGUAAUCUUUUUUUUUCUUCAUAUUAAUGAAGUUAAAAAUGUUUUUGGGUUUGAAAAAAGCAUAUUCAAAUCUUGCCUGUGAUGUACACUGUACACAACAAAACAUGUAUUUUCUGAACGUGUGUGAAUGAAUGAGUGUGUGUGAGAUAGCCCGUGUAUGGAUUCAUUUGAAAGUCAGCAUUCAACGGUUUUCACAUUUUUUUGUAAAUAAAAUAAAAUAAAUA